ACCACUGUCUGUAAGGUAAAAUUUAAAUUAGAACGUGGCAACCGCCAGUAUGAAAAUCGUGGGUGGGCGCCCCUCGUCGAUGAAGUCAGAUAUUGUUUUAGCUUUCCCCGUAGUGCUAGACCUAGUACUUUGCCAAAAAGAGUCUGUCUGCUUCGUGGAUGGUCCUAUCUUCUUCCCUAUUCUUUUCGAUUUCUCUUUUCAUCCUGUAGUGAUGACUCACUGAGCGAACAAGAGUCGCUCUAGAAGAUACAUGGUCGUUGCUUGAGAAACGAGUAGGGGAAGUCGCUCCUUGAUCGUUGCUGGAGGUGGCGGCUGAUCGUAAUCAGAGACUCAUCGUCAUCGAUCGCGGCUUGUUCCGGUUCCCUUCGUGAUAGAUCGCAGAGGCAGAACAAGAGGCUAAAUAAGCAUCCAUCUUGAUCUUUCGCACUAGAAGUUGCUCGACGUUGGUUCGCUCGAAGCUUUCUUUGGAAGUAAACCAACGCACCAGGAGGACUUGUCCGUGAUCGAUUCUAGGCGUCCGUCUUUCGCUACUCUUGCCCUUGAAAAACGGGAAUUUGUCGUCUCUCGUUUCCAUUUGACCGAGCAGAAACUGAAUUUCGAAUUCCUGAGCGACUUGUUGUAGAUUCGCUUCCAGUGAUGUAGAAGUUGUAAGCAACUUUGUACCUCUGACGAGCACGAGGAGCACUAGUAGAAGAUCCUCACUGACGAAGGUUUUCGUUCAGUCAACAAGAUGGCCGCCACAACGCUUCUGUUACAAAGUUCAGAUCCGGCACACUUGAUGCAGCAGCCCGUUUUUGACCAUGCUCAUAACGAUAACUACGUCGAAGGAGUACAUGCACAGCAUCAACUUGCUCCAGUCGUUUCCAUGCGACAAAAAUAUGGAAGAACUUCGUCUGGUAGUACGAAACCGCUGAAAACCGAGUUCUGUGGCGCUCUACCCGUCGGACUAGGAGUAGCUGGCGCUCUUGCUCUGAAAGACGCAAUGACCGGCGGAGGUGCGGAAGGGCAUGCUGUGGCUACGCCACUGAGUACUAUCAAUCAUCUUUAUCUGAAUUAUACUAUUGCACUGGCUUGUUCUAGAUAUUCAUAUUCUUGAGGCUAUCUAGAAGAUCUGCUUCAUCCUGUGGUCUUUAUCUAUUAUUUCGCUCCUGCUUUUCUUGUUCUUCAACCAUCUAUCUAUCAACAAAUUUUUUUUUCAGGCCUCGACCUUCCUUGCUCCCUCGAAAGAGUUCCGUGUGGGAAAUUUCUGACGCAAACAGCCGAUUGGCAGCGAGCUUUCUCUGCAAAGUGCGCUCCUCGUCUCGACUAUAAACGAAUAUGUGCUGACUUUCAACACAAGGGACGAACUGCUGGCAAUGGCACCAUGAUGACUAGUAGAAGUGGAGGCGACGGCGAAGGUGGAGGCCUAGAUGGUGAAGAUGUGAUGGAUGGGGGAAGUGGAGCAUCUACUAUCGGUCUAAGUGGCGUUUCCAAUCCGUCGAGGUUAGGCGCUAUUGGAGGCGGUCCAAACGGGGGACAACUCUACCCUGGUGGAGGCGCCAGCAAAGUCUACUCUCAAGAUGUCAAAGAUGUCAAAGGCAGUUACAUGUUCGGAGGUGGAGUGGAGGGAGCUGAACGCAAUGCAGUAUCAUUUGCGAUCGCAACAUCUUCACACGACAAGGACAAAGAUCAUAGGGCUGUUGUAACUGAAUGUCGACACAUUCCUGCGUCAGGCACUAGUAGAAGGGCUGAUAGAAAUGGAAGAAGGAGUCCGAGUCAUGACGAUCAACAAGAAGGAUCCACUGAGGCGGUGGUAGGUGGAGUAGAGGAUGAGGAGGAGGAGCAAGAACAUGAACCGGACGAUCAUCUUGCUGAGGUAGAUGCUGAAGUAGAUGCACCUGGUGCAAGAUUCCUCGAGCUCAAGGAUUCGCAUACGAGUAGAGCUGCGACACCUACGCAGAAAUUGCCUCUCCAAGUCCGAAAGAGUCGCUUCGUCUGUUGCACUCCGAUGGACUUCUUUCAGGCUGCCUUUGAAUAAGAAAAAUCGACGGUUAUUGAAAUGACUUGUCGAUCAUAUCAUUCACAAAUCUGAAUUUUAUCAGUACUAGUAUAAUUGAUGAACAAUAUUACCACGAGGACAAGCACUUCACGUCUACGAGGAAUGUUGAGGCAUUCUGGCGAUUCUUGCUGUAGUUUUCUCAGAACCAUCCGAACCGACUAACAUCAUCAAGUAUGUUGAAGCAAACAGUAACAAGUAAUAUGUCAGUGUCUUGCAUGAUAAGUAACGAAACAAGACUAGUGGAUAUAACUCAUGACCAUAAAAAUGUCGUUGAUAAUGAUAAAAAGAACACCCGAACAACCAUAAGAAUACACAAAUAAUGCUUUCAAAGAAACGGACCCAGACUCACUGAAAAAGACUAAAUCAUAUUGCAUAUUACGUAGAAAGCGAGCACAUAAACAUAUUCAAUUGUAUCAUUGACGAUGUCAGGACUGUUGAUGAUCAAGUACGAGCAUAGUCAUAUUAGUGUAGUUGUUAACAUGGUCGAUACAAUCACAAGACAAUCACAAGACGAUACAAUCACAAGACGAUCAACUCUACCCCUGCUUCAUCG